UCCCUAUGUGAUGAUCUAUACAUCCUAGGAACUCUUAGCAAAACCUCUUGUUAGUGAACAUCCUCCACUCUGAUCCCUGCAGCCCUCUGAGAGGAGGAGUCAGAGUAUGGGGGAGUGAACAGCAAAACAGCCCCUACAGCAAGCAGUUGGGGGAUUUCUUCUGUAAAGGAGGAAUAACUAAUCAGCAGAGAGGACUGCGUGAAAAGAAGUGGGGAGUAAAGAGAAGAAAGAGCCUUCAGUUCUGAUGAGAGCUGGGUUCUGACUGGAGGACAAACAGGGACUGAAGCUCAUCGCCUUCAACAUCCAUCUGAGGGCUGCUGCCAUUGUUCUCAUUGAUUGGAGCUGAUUAUAGAUAAUGGGCUGUGUGCAAUGCAAGGAUAAGGAAGCAACCAAAUUGACAGACGAGAGAGAGACCAGCCUCUCCCAGGGAGGGGGCUACCGCUAUGGGGCCGACCCCACGCCGCAGCACUACCCCAGCUUCGGGGUCGCCGCCAUCCCUAACUACAACAACUUCAACACCCCCGUUGGACAGGGGAUGACCGUCUUCGGGGGGGUCAGCACUUCCUCUCACACUGGAACCCUGAGGACUCGUGGAGGGAACGGAGUCACCCUCUUUGUGGCACUUUACGACUACGAGGCACGGUCAGAAGACGACCUCAGCUUCAGGAAAGGAGAACGCUUCCAGAUCAUCAACAGCACUGAAGGGGACUGGUGGGAUGCUCGCUCGCUCACCAGCGGGGGCAGCGGCUACAUUCCCAGUAACUACGUGGCUCCGGUGGACUCCAUCCAGGCUGAGGACUGGUACUUUGGUAAAUUGGGGCGUAAGGAUGCAGAGAGGCAGCUGCUGUCCACUGGCAACCCUCGAGGAACCUAUCUGAUCCGGGAGAGUGAAACCACAAAGGGUGCCUUCUCCUUGUCCAUACGGGACUGGGACGAUAUGAAAGGGGACCAUGUCAAGCAUUAUAAGAUCCGAAAGCUGGACAGUGGCGGUUACUACAUCACCACCAGGGCUCAGUUUGACAUGCUGCAGCAGCUGGUUCAGCACUACUCAGACCGGGCCGCCGGGCUCUGCUGCCGCUUGGUGGUCCCCUGCCACAAAGGGAUGCCACGCCUCGCCGACCUGUCCGUUAAAACAAAGGACGUGUGGGAGAUCCCGCGGGAGUCGCUGCAGCUCAUCAAGCGCCUUGGCAACGGGCAGUUUGGGGAGGUCUGGAUGGGAACAUGGAACGGCACCACCAAAGUGGCGGUGAAGACCCUGAAGCCCGGCACUAUGUCCCCCGAGUCCUUCCUGGAGGAGGCUCAGAUCAUGAAGAAGCUGCGCCACGACAAGCUGGUGCAGCUGUAUGCCGUGGUGUCAGAGGAGCCCAUCUACAUCGUCACAGAGUACAUGGGCCAAGGAAGUCUACUGGAGUUCUUGAAGGACGGAGAGGGACGGGGGCUGAAGCUGCCCAACCUGGUGGACAUGGCAGCACAGGUGGCUGCUGGCAUGGCGUACAUCGAGAGGAUGAACUACAUCCACAGAGACCUGCGCUCCGCCAACAUCCUGGUGGGAGACAACCUGGUGUGCAAGAUUGCUGACUUCGGCCUGGCCCGACUCAUCGAAGACAACGAAUACACCGCCCGGCAAGGGGCAAAGUUUCCCAUCAAGUGGACGGCCCCUGAGGCGGCUCUGUACGGGAAGUUCACCAUCAAGUCCGACGUGUGGUCCUUCGGCAUCCUGCUGACGGAGCUGGUCACCAAGGGUCGGGUGCCUUACCCAGGCAUGAAUAACCGGGAGGUUCUGGAGCAGGUGGAGCGGGGCUACAGGAUGCCCAGCCCCCAGGACUGUCCCGUCUCUCUGCAUGAGCUCAUGCUGCAGUGCUGGAAGAAGGAUGCGGAGGAGCGGCCCACCUUCGAGUACCUGCAGGCCUUCCUGGAGGACUACUUCACAGCCACGGAGCCGCAGUACCAGCCCGGGGACAACCUCUAGACCCGGGCCAGUCAGUGCUGGUAGAAACUCUGGCGCCUUCCCAGCCAGGCCUUUGGUUCAAAGAUCUGUACAGCUUCCUCAGUUUCACCUACAACGCCCCCCACCGGAUCCCUCUACUAUGUCUGAACUCUGCAAGUUGGGGAAGUUGGGCGGUUGGAUGACGGAGUUAACUGAUAAUGCAAUGUAUUCACUGUAAAUAAGAAGCUGGUUUUACUUUGUGUGCUUCAGAUUGUAUUUUCUCUGAUCUGACGUGGAUCCCUGCAGCCGUCUCCAGAGGUUCCACUGGAGGCCCAAAUAUAUUUUUUUCUAAUUUUCAAAUUGUGUAAAUAAUUCAGCCCCAGAUUAUUUCUUUAAUCUUACCUCCUUCCUAACUGCAGAGGCUUCUCCGAUGAGCAGACCUCCCUCAUCAUUUUGAAACCCGUUGGAUGAAAGUCUUGGUUCUCCUGUGGGUCCUGUCAGAGAGAAAGAGUUAUUUUCCGAUCAGAGGAUGUUUGUCUGAUUUUAUACGGAGGCCGCUGCGUCAGGUGGUGUAGAGGGUGCUGCAGCUGGACCUGGACCGCUCUCCUCCUCACUGAUUUUUCUUCAUGUUCCACUUGUUGUUUUUUUACAGUUUUUGUUUACUCAACCCUCUGAAAUGAGAGUCACUGUACUGUACAUUCAGAGGAGAAACUUCAGAACUGAAGUCAAGGAUCUGAAGCUUUGAAUUCCCACGGGAAGCCACUGAAUGAAGAUGAACUGAUCAGGUCUUUAAUGCACAUGGUUUUGUUGCCAUGGUAACCCCUCGUUUUUUUUCCCAGUUUUUGGUUUGAGUGUUGCUUUCUUCCCUUCUUUAUACUUUUUCAUUUUCAUUUUUAACAUAACUUGUUUUACUCCUUCAGUGAUUUAGCAUUUGAAUUUCAGAAAAGAACAAUAAACAUUUUACACUCUU